GACAAUGAACCGUUCGUUUAUGUUCGUGUAAGAGCGAGUGAGAAGAGAAGCGACAUUUUGAUACUUUUCCUUGUAUUGAUUGCCAUGCCAGUCAACAUUAUUUAUUUCAUAAUUUAAUAGCGUUCAACUGAGAUGUACGUGCGUUAACAUGUACAUUUGUAAUAUUAUAUUUCAUUCUAUGGUGCAGUGAUAAACAAACGAGGUGUGCUACGAGUGCUAAUUUCAACGGCGAUGGCGAUGCCUGAGCAGUUUUCGUUGCGUUGGAAUGAUUUCCACUCGAAUCUGUCUCAGUCUUUCCAAGCUUUGUUGGAUGGGGAGGAUCUGGUGGAUGUUACAUUGGCGGCUGGUGGGCAGUAUGUCCAUGCACAUAAGCUGAUACUGUCUGUGUGCAGCCCUUACUUCAAGGAGCUAUUUAAGAUGAAUCCCUGUGAUCAUCCGAUAGUCAUCUUGAAGGAUGUGAACCAUCAAGAGCUGAGACAGCUCCUGCAGUUCAUGUACCGCGGAGAGGUGCAUGUAAGACAGCAGGAGCUGUCUGGAUUCCUUCACACUGCAGAACUUCUGCAAGUGAAGGGUUUGACAGGCGGACGAGAGCAAAGCAAAUCUCCUUCGCCUGUCAACGAUGACCUGCCGACCUUUGAACCACUAGCACCGGAUAAUUUAGCUGAUAGUUUGCCCGAAUGGGUGCCACCUGGGGACGAGCCGAUAAUGCCAGAAACUUCCCCAGAGUCGGCGAAUGCUGCUACCGUCAAGGAUGAAACUAACCGCAGCCCUCUAAAACGGCUUUUGAAGAACGCUCCGAACAAGCCUGGAAUGAAUGUUAAGAAGAAGUCUCGUCCAGUCAACAUCUCGAACAGCCCAAUCCAUGCCGAGAACACCGAAUAUGCAUCUGAUGGUGAGCCUAUGAUCGACUUCGACAGCGACAUGUAUAAUAACGUGAUGGUGCUGCCCGACUCAGCGAAAGAAUCAGGGUGGAACUGCAAAUCGGGAGGAGUAAAAUGUCCGUCAUGUCACCGGUUCUUCGCGAAUCGAUACAAUCUAAAGGUUCAUAUACGCGACAAGCACGACACGAGGGAAGGGACGCUACAAUGUGAGAUAUGCCAGAAACGUAUGCGGAACCCGUCGUGUCUCCGGGUCCAUAUGUACCACCAUCGGAAGCAGGCAGCGUAUUUAGCACAGAUUAGCGCGCAAGGAGAUCAGAUGAGGCAUGUUGUUCAGAACAUGGUGGGCAACAAAUGGCGUUCGGAUGCCAACGCGGAAUUCCAGGAUAAUGAUAAUUUCGGGGCAACGCCGCCGGCUGAGACCAACAAGUUUCAGCAGGCGGGCGAGUCGAAGCACCCGGCGGCAGCGGAGCCCCUGCCCUCGGACCGGAGCGCCGAGACCGUAUGAUUAAGACCCCCUACGGAGGUCUGCGACGACGACUUGAUAGAUCCCAUAAAGCUGGCAACGAUGUUCACUCAACACUUCCGCUGGAACACCAAACUGAUCUUCGGAUAUGUCGGCCCCAAACGCAAGUAAACACAGACCAAAGUAGGACUCAAUCCAAUCUACAAAACGGCCUCACUUGGAAACACUUAAUGAUGAUUUUUUAUAAUUUAAUGAUUUCUUAAGAAUUUAAUGAAUACUUUGACAGAUGUAAUAACUUAAGUAAUGAUUUAUGCUGCGUUACUGAGUUUUUUAAAAAGGUGUUUAUGUAUAUGAAGGCGAGCGUGGUUGAUUGGUCAAUGUGUUGAUAUUAGCCAAUCAAAGCACUGUGAAUAGAUAAACUCCCAUAAAAAACUCAGCAACCAGCCAUUUGAAACAUUUACUAGCUAGUUGAAAUAUCACUAAUUUAAUAAGACUCUGUUCUCCUGUUAAAACCUUCACUAAGUAACACCUUAAUUAAUCAUUAAAUGUCAUAUAGUGUGGCUGUAUCUUCUUGUAUUCCCCCAAUUAACGGGCCAUAGAUACACUUUUAUGACCGAUGACCAAUCAGAAUUAUAUAUACAUCAACCGGAAUUUAAUAAUCUAAUCUACACAAAUGAAAUUAAAAUAAAAACUUUACUGGUGUGUCAGAUCUACAUAAAUAAAAACACAUUUUUAAAUCUGUUUGGUCGUCGUCAAUAGAAUAAGUACAUUUUGUCUCUCUGUUAAGCGAAGUUUGAGUUUAUAUAGACAUUCCACCACGUAAUUUCCAAAGACUGAUACAUGAAAAUAUUGCAAAAAUCUGUAUGCUUUUACAGGGUGUGUACUGUUGCGUCUUUUAUGUUUUACGUAUUUAUUAAUCUUCAUAGACAUACAAAGUCUUUUUUGUCUGACAAAGAGAUUUAAAUGAAAUUUUACCAAUUGACGUGAGAUUAUACUUCUUUUGACAUAAAAGUUUGAAAGCGCACACUCUGUUAAUCAAAUAGUUUUUAAGACACGGUUUAUGCCGCCUUGAACAAGAGUCAUUCGUUUAUUUGUGUACUGUUCAUAGAUGUAUUAUAAUUACACACCCGAUUUUUUUCACUUAAUGGGAUGUUUUUUAAAUGGAGACAAUAUUUUAUUGAUUGCAUUUAAGUCAAUUUUAUCAUUCACCUGUGUAUUUUGUCGAAUUUAUGUCAAUGUACAAUUUACCCGUCGGGGUUUAUGUUGCCAUUUCAGUGAAUGUACAAAAUUUACACCACUCAAAUUAUUAGAUUAUGCUGAACUGUCUAGGUGCUAUAUAGCACACAAUUUUAGAAGCAUAACCUCACAGUACAAAAUAUUAUAUUGUGUAUAAUAUUCAUUUAUAAAAACAUAUGCUUUACUUAGUGUUUGUAAGAGUUUAUUUUAAGAUCAUAUUAGUAACAUUUUAAAGAGUUUUUUUAAUACGUACAAUUAUUUAGUCCGAGGAGUGGCAUACACCUUCUGUGUUUGAAAUAUUCGGAAACAGAGUAGGUUAUUUUAUUGAUUUGGUACCUCAGGUUUGACGACGGUAAAGUCGAGGAAACUAUAAGUAUAUAUUGUUUAAUACUCAAUAAUUGAUAUGAUUUAAGUGUAAGUUUGUUCAAAAACUUAUUUUUAGGUUUUCAAUAGACACAGCGGAACAAAUGAUAUUAUUUAUUAUCUGAAAACGGCGAGUUUAGACUAGUUUUUUUUACGUUAGCAGCUCAAAUAUACAUUCCAGAUUUGUACACUCUGUAUUUAAUAUUAUUAUUCUAAGUCUACAAAAAUUGAUGUGAAGCUUGUUUUUAAGUUUUUUUUUAUUAUUUAUUAUAAAAUUAUUUCCGUAUUUAAUGCUAGAUUGUUAUUUCAAAUGCUUUGCGUAUGCACUAAGAAACGUAUGACUGACUCAUCCGAGUUUUUGAAAUGAUAUUUUAAGGAAAAUUAUUGACAAAAACCGUCUCCGAAACAGGUUCUGAUCAAUAACAACAUGUAAAAUCAUAAUGAACUUUAUUUUAGGUUCACUUAGAUUCCACACAGAAGAAAGAUUAUUCUAGUAUCUAUGGCAUACGCAAUUAGGCAUUUGAAUAUAUCUUGAUUUUCCAGCGUCAAACGUAGCUUUAAUUGAAAUUUCAUCCCAUCGUUCUUAAGAGGAUUCGUUUUAUAACCCUUGACAAAAUAUAAUAUAAAAGAAAUUAAGCAUUCCAAUUUUCAUUUCCUCUAUUGCCUAUUUCUAUUUCGUUAUGUUCUUCUAUUGCUACUAUUCGAUGUUAAAACUUAGGAUUUACUGUCUAGGCUUAUACGAUCCUCAAAAUAUAUUGUCAUUAUCUAUCUCUUGGUUUUUGAAAAUUUAACACUGGGAGCUCAAUAUAAAGUUGUGACUGUAUAGUACCUCCAAAUAGUUGUAAGAUUUCGGAUAUGUAAUGUCUGACGAUUUUAUACAUCUGUAACGCGUUUUGUUUUAAGAAUUAUUUUAUCGAGGUUUGGGUAUUUCUAACCAUUAUUGUAAGGGUUAAUAGAACUAACAUUCCACUAGGUGUAAGCUUGCAUAAUCAUCUAAUGGGACACCGCUAGUCAAGAUAUGUUUUGUGACGAACAAAUUGACAUAAACAUUUCGCUACAUUGACUUUAUCUAUGUGAAAGGAAGAAGGCGUUCCAAUUCUUAUCACGAUGACGGUAACAUUGAGGAUUAAAAUAUGGUUUAUGUUUAUUAAAUGUCUGUGUUGUUAAAACAUAAUUAUCUUGGCUAACGGGUUCCUUAUGAAGUACUUUUAAUUAUUAUUUUAUAAUAUUAACGUAAGCUCUUGUCAUAACAUUAUUUGAUGAUAUUCUAUGAGAUUAUUGCGAUGUUUACAUUCCAUAUUUUUGGUAGCUAUUAGUGAUAGAUUUUAGCGUUUAUUAAAUUUUUUACCAAAUUUUUUUAUACCAAUGCUCUUGUACCAAUGUCAUGUGCCGGUGGUAGUCAUCGCCGUAAAAUGGUUCAUUUGCAGCUCAUUUAUGUUUAAGUUGUGGGUUUUUCGGUCUUAUUAAUACUCAGUAUUUUUGGCCAAAUAGUCGUGCUUGUUGUAAUAUUGUUGUGUCAACUAUACGCAUGAUUUUGUAAUGUUUUUUGUAAUUCAGAAUGGUUUUAACGAUUCUGAUUCAAUUACUUUUAUCUUUUUAUACUGUCGCCUCUUUACUAAUAAAGUUAUUUACGUAGCGCAUUACUAUUCGAGCUCCUCUGUCUUUUUGUUGGGUUAUUAUCUGCGGAAAUAUAUAUUUUAUUAGUAGGGGGGCAUAAUUUU